AUGGCCGGCGGUUCGUUCGCGCUGGACCUGGUCCGGCCGCUGGCGUCGCUGAUGCCGGCGGUGCGGCGCGCCGACCGGGCGGUGCCAUUCCGCCGGCGCGCGCUCUACACGGGCAUCUCCGUGUCCGUCUUCCUGGUGUGCAGCCACCUGCCGCUCUACGGCGUCCGCUACGCGGUGCUCGCCACGGCCAUCGCGCUCGGGGAGGCCGCCGCGCACGUCCUGCUGGGGGCGUACGGGCCCGUCGGCGAGCUGAACGGCGCGCUCAUCGUCCUGCAGCUCCUCCCCGCCACCGCCGUCGUCGUCUUCCUCGACGACCUCUUCGACAAGGGCUACGGCCUGCUGGGGUCCUCCGCCGUCGCCCUUCUCUCCGCCACCAACAACUGCGGGAAGGUGUUCUGGCAGGCGUUCAGCCCCGUGACGGUGAACACCGGACGGGGACCGGAGUUCGAGGGCAUCGUCCGCGCCGUGGUCUACCAGGGCGUCGCCCGGGCCGGCAACGCCCGCGCGCUCGCCGGCACCCUGCUCCGCCGCCACCUCCCUAACGCGAUGGGCCUGCUGGCCACCUGCCUCGUCCUGCUCGCCGCGGUCUUCCUCGAGGGCGUCCAGAUGCCGCUGCAGUCCAGGGACGUGCGCGGGCGGCGGGCCACCUUCCCGAUCAAGCUUCUCUACACGUCCACCAUGCCCAUCGUGCUGCACUCCGCCGCGGUCACCGCCCUGUACCUCGUGUCGCAGCUGCUCCACUACAGCCGAUUUGGCGGCGGCGCGCUCGCCCGCCUGCCCGGCGUCUGGAAGGAGGCCAGCCACGCCGCCGUCCCGGUCGGCGUCCUCGCCUACUGCCUCACCCCGCCGUCGAGCGCCGCCGCCGACCCGCUCCACGCGCUCGUCUACGCCGUGCUGCUGCUGGCCUCGUGCGCGGUCCUCUCCAAGGCUCGGGCCUGGCUUCCCCGAUCGAGCGUGCUUGAGAAAGAGGCCGAGCAGGAUGGCGCUGUCGCGGGGGUCGCCGGCGGGCUCGGCGCGCGGCUGCUCAUGGUCGCCGUCCUGGCCGCGACCGUGCAGCUCACGCUCGCCAGUCGCCAACCAGACCAGGCGCAGUACGACGACGACUUGUACAAGCUCCGGAGCUACUCGUACGCGGUCGCGGCGGCGGUGAUCGGGAUGGCCGGCGGCGCGCUGCAGGUCCCCGUCGCCGUCUACCCCCUCUGCAGGAGCAAGCGGAUGGCGCCCAGCGCCCUCGUCCUCGACGUCAUAUAG